CGACAGCUCCUGCAACACGAAUCAUUCGUCAUCAACGCCAGCCGACCAUUUUCCGGUUGUGGAAAAAAGACAAGUUCCGGUUGCUAUGGGUGCUACCAUGAAGCUAAGAAGCUGAGAGAAAUAAGCGAACAGUAUUCGAGACUUCUGGAGUUGGCACCUUGAAACCGAUCGAGUCCUUUUGUGAAGAGCGGCGGUUUCUGGGAAAGCGAAGGGAAUCAUAGUCUUGUCUGAAGAUGGUCUGAUGGACCGCCGUUUCCUGCUGACCUUUCUCUUCUGCUCUGCAUCGUGGAUAUUCUUCUGGGAAGUGCGCUGGAAGAAAGGAAAAGAGAGUCAAAUUGAAGAAUGGCUUCAAGGGCACAACCUCUCAGAAUACAGACACUUAUUUGAAGAUGUGCAGACCCUGGAGGAGCUGAUCCUGACAGCGCUAAGCCGUCUGGAGGAGGAGGUGAAGGAGGCCGGGCGCUGGAGCGAGCUGGCCCAGGCUCACAUCCACCUGCUCAGAGACUUUGCCUUCCAGGAGUGGCUCUGCUCUCAGAACCUGGAGCAUUACUACCACACACUAAGGAAGCUGGGCUGUCUGAAUCUGGAUGAUUUAGCCCAGUUUGACAGUCAGUUGCAGCUGUCGCUGGCUGCGUGGGGGUAUUACUACGAAGAUUACAUCAAACUGUCCACCGGCGUCAAGGUCCUCCAGGCCUCCAGGGGGAGCCGUGACCAGGACUACGAGAUCCAGCUGGUGCACAGUCUAGCAGAGAGGCGUCUGAAUGAGAAGUGGUCGAUCGCCGGAGCUCUUAUAUUUGGCUGUACUGUGGCGCUGUGCUUUCUGAUAAGGGACCUCAUGUUUUACGUGAUUGGUGGAAUUACUGUUUCCAUCAUAGCGUUCGUCUUCACCAUCAAGUUCCUCUGUGAGCUCGCCGCCCGGGUGGUCAGCUUCCUGCAGAAUGAGGACCCAGGGCGCCGUGGAGACCGAAGCAUCUACGACUACGUCCGGGGAAACUACCUGGACCCCCGCUCCUGCAGGGUGUCCUGGGACUGGAAGGACCCGCAGGAAGUAGGCCAGACCAUGAGCUUCCGUGUUCAGCUCUUCUACAAGAACGGCCAGCCCUUCCCAGCCCACAGGCCUGUGGGGCUGAGAGUGAACAUCACCCACGUGGAGCUGGCCCUGGACAUCCCCGUCACCCAGGAAGUCCUGCAGGAGCCCGAGGCCAACGUGGUGAAGGUGGCCUUCACCGUCCGCAAGGCCGGACGUUACGAGGUCGCCGUCAAGCUGGGAGGCCUCAACGUGGCCUACAGCCCCUACAACAAGAUCUUCCAGCCAGGUACCGUGGUCCCUUCCAAGACCAAGAUAGCGUACCACUUCUCCACCCUGCUGCUGACCAGCGGGCAGCAGCACGUGCUGCAGAUCGAGCCCAGAGACGAGUACGGGAACCCCACCAGCUCCUCCACCUCCCUCACAGACGAGCUCAACUACACCGUCCACAUCCACUCGCUGGGCACGGUGGAUGAGGACAGCCUGGAGGACUGCUACAGCCAGGUGCUGUCGUCCAACAAGCUGCUGUGUCAGGUGCUGCUGAAGCUCACCCUGAGGAGGAGGGGCUGUUUCCGUGCACGCGUCUCCUACCAGGACCAGCUCCUUAGCAACGGAGAGUUCGACAUCAUCGUCCUCAGCGAGAACGAGAAGAACUGUGUGGAGAAGAACGUGUCCACCCCAGGGAUUAGCAUCUACUUUGAGGCCUACCUCUACAGCAGCGGGGCCUACAGCUCCCCCUGGCAGCUGCCCGCCUCCUCGCUGCUGGCCCCCCAGAGACGGCCCUCCAUGGGGGACGAGGAGGACGAGCAUGACCCCCCCGUGGAGGGGCAGCCAGAGAAGGUCAAGAAGCCCAAAAAAGUCUACUGCUACAUAUCGCCAAAGCAACUUUCUGUGAAGGAGUUCUACUUGAAAAUUAUUCCUUGGCGCCUUUUUACUUUCCGAGUGUGUCCUGGUACUAAGUUCUCCUACCAUGGCCCUGACCCUGUUCACAAGUACCUGACUCUGGUGGUGGACGAUGGGAUCCAGCCGCCAGUGGAGCUCAGCUGCAAAGACAGAAACAUCAUGGCCGCCACGUUCAUACGCUUCCUCCAUAAGAACAUCGGAGGCUCUGAGACGUUCCAGGACAAGGUGAGCUUCUUCCAGCGAGAGCUCAGAAACAUCCACUCCAAGAGGCCUCGCACCAAGACCUGCCUGAAGAUCAGCAGGCACAGCAUGCUGGACUCUUCUCUGAAGGCCACCAGGAACUUCUCUGUGUCAGACUGGAGUAAGAACUUUGAGGUGGUGUUCCAGGAUGAGGAGGCGCUGGACUGGGGAGGCCCUCGUAGAGAAUGGUUCGAGCUCAUAUGCAAGACCCUGUUCGAUACGUCCAACCAGCUUUUCACACGCUUCAGCGACAACAACCAGGGCUUGGUCCACCCCAACGCAGAGCGCCCCGUCCACCUGCGUCUGAAGAUUUACGAGUUUGCGGGCCGCGUGGUGGGGAAGUGUCUGUAUGAGUCGGCACUGGGCGGAGCCUACAAGCAGCUGGUCCGCGCUCGCUUCACCCGCUCAUUCCUCGCACAGAUCAUCGGCCUCAGGAUGAAUUACAAGUACUUUGAGGCAGACGACCAGGAGUUCUAUAAGACCAAGGUCUGCUUCAUCCUAAACAACGACGUCAGCGAGAUGGACCUUGUGUUCGCUGAGGAGAAGUACAGCAAGUCAGGACAGCUAGAGAGGGUGGUGGAGCUGAUAGCCGGAGGAGCCCAGAUUCUUGUGAAUAAUGAGAACAAGAUGCACUACCUGAACCUGCUGUCUCAGUACCGGCUGGCCAGCCAGGUGAGGGAGGAGGUGGAGCACUUCCUCAAAGGUCUGAAUGAACUUGUUCCAGAGAACCUUCUGGCCAUAUUUGAUGAGAACGAGUUAGAGCUGCUGAUGUGUGGGACUGGAGACAUCAACGUUCAGGACUUCAAGACUCAUGCUGUGAUCGUCGGAGGCUCCUGGCACUUCAGAGAGAAGGUGAUGAAGUGGUUCUGGGCCGUGGUGUCCAGUUUCACCCAGGAGGAACUGGCACGCCUGCUGCAGUUCACCACAGGCUCCUCCCAGCUGCCCCCCGGGGGCUUUAACACCCUCUGCCCCUCCUUCCAGAUCAUCGCUGCCCCCACACACAGCACCCUGCCCACCGCACACACCUGUUUCAACCAGCUGUGCCUCCCCACAUACGACUCCUACGAAGAGCUGCACAAGAUGCUGAAGCUGGCCAUCAGUGAGGGCAGCGAGGGCUUCGGCAUGCUCUGAGUGACUGCUCUACAUCAGGCCUGGCUGUGAUCCAGACUGCUCUACAUCAGGCCUGGCUGUGAUCCAGACUGCUCUACAUCAGGCCUGGCUGUCUGAUCCAGGCUGCUCUACAUCAGGCCUGGCUGUCUGAUCCAGGCUGCUCUACAUCAGGCCUGGCUGUCUGAUCCAGACUGCUCUACAUCAGGCCUGGCUGGCUGGUCCAGGCUGCUCUACAGCUGCUUGUUCAGUUCAUCCAGCAGGAGAGAGGCUCUGCCCUCACCAGCACAACAGCACACCUGGUACAUACUGCCCUGCUCUGGACAGGGGCCAUUCCUCUCAGACUCAACCCAACCAACCAGGAUGCUCUUUCAGGUGCAUUACAGGUGCAUUACAGUCAGAGGGCAUUACAGGAAGUCAAACAGGAAGUCCCAGAAGGCUCUGUUAGCUGCACCUCUGUAUGCUAACAGCACUGUGUACAUAUGACGUUGCUUUUGUGUCGAGUAAAAAAAAAAAAAAAAAAAAAAAAAAAUGCUAUAGAAGAUGAACUGGUGGGGGGAAAAAAACAAACACGAAAAAAAGCUUUGGUAGGGCUAGUUUUACUCUAGAUGCUAGCGUUGCUUAGUUUUAUAUAGAGACAACAUAGCACUAGCGCAACAGAUGUACAGAGUUUAGAUUUUCGCUUUAUGCUUCCGUAAAGUUCUGGAACGUUUAAUCUGAAGAGUAGCCUACACAUGGUGUGGAUAUGCUGUUCAGCCCACUGCACUUUGGCCUUAAGACAUCAGGGAUGGAUGCUUGUUUAUAUCACCCUUUUAUUUCAACAUACUGUGUGUACAUACAUGUAUAUAGGUUUUCAUGUUACUGCAAAGGUUCAUGCCUUUUGAUUUGAUCAUUGAAGAGAAGGGACUUGAUGUGUAAAUAUCUCUUUUGUUUGGGGAAGGGAUACGUUUCGUACUAUUUGGGUUAGAGUUUUACAGUUUAUUGGUUUUGGUUGAAAGUAUAAAGAUUUCAAGGCCUCUAGAGGUUAUUUUCAAUUUUAAUUUUUUUUCAUUUUUGUUUUUAAAGAAGCCAAGAAAAUCCCCAUGUCUGUUUCUGUGUUCUAACUUAUUGACUCAGUGUGUGUUGACCCAAGCCAUUGAUGAAUUCUUGUUUAUGAUACUGUGUAGUCAAGCUGUCAUUGUUUUGUUUGUUUUUGUUAAAACCUGCCUUAUUCAAACCCUUUCCCUGUGAUGGUACCUGGACAGGUGAAUAGCUAUGGGAAGACUAGGCAGCGCUAAACCACAGUGAUGUCACUGUGAAGUAAGACUCACUGGGGUCUGUGACUGUGAAACUUUCGGCUCAGUCCCCCAGACAUGGAUUAAGCCUAGUCCUAGACUAAAACAUUUUUCAACGGAGAUCUUCACUGAAUUCUUCUUAGUUUCAGGCUUAAUCCCUGUCUUGGUCUGGCUGGUCCGGUGUAGGUGUGGGGCGAGACCAGAGCGAUGCAGGGCUGGACCGAUGGAUGAGUUACAUGUUACCAGUGUUUCUUCACAGGCUUGAAAGGGUUUCCCUCAGGUCCUCCUGUCUCCUCUAUGCAUCCCGUCACCUCCACCACACAGAGACGUUGUGCCCAAGAGCACGCCAGCCAGCUGCGCCGUGCGAUAGCCCAGCAGUUUCUAUGGCCCCUGUCGUAAGCCUCCUUAUAACUUUAUAAGACUUGAGACUGCGUGUAAAAAGUGGUUUGUUUGUGUUUGUAUGUAUGUUUCUCUGUAUUUAUUUUAGGCAUUUGCAACGACCACGUUCGUGUUUGUCGACAUAGACCCGAGCAAGCUGGAAAGUAGAUAAGUUACUUCAUGCAAAAUAACAUUGCCACGUUCCGUUGUAUCCUGUUCCUGUUGUAUCCUGUUCCUGUUGGAUCCUGUUCCUGUUGGAUAGGUUUUCACAGCCUGCACUGUUAGCAGGAUCACGUGAGCCGACCAGGGAACUGUCACACCAUUUGUGAAAAGCAACCAUUUUAGCGCUACAGUAUUAAGAGGCACUAAGCAGUGUUGUCCAAAUAACGUUUUUCCCCACGUUAACAUUCACUGUGUUGCUGCUCCUCAUGGAGCACCACAGAUGCACAUGCAAGUCCACUUAACAGCUCCACCCUGACUCCUCUACUGUCACAGCCUGCCAGCUAAAUCUACUUCAGCCACUAAGAGAUUGAUCUCAUGAAACCUCACACUUGUUGUUGAACAGGUACAGGUGCUGGGGGAGGGGCCUGCUUUUGGCUAUCCAGUCAGAGCUAACACAGUUUUACGUUUGAGAUAAGUUAAGCUCUUCACAUCUUAUUUGCCUCUGAAAUAUGUUGAUUUCAACCAUGUGCAUUAGGAAAGGGACAGUUAGGUAAGGUGAAGGAUGAAAGGAACUGGUUUGAAGGAUUUUGUGUUAAGUAUUUCACUGGACAACAUUGGAGUCAUAGUUGUAAAUUAUCACUUGAGUGAUUUAUACUUGGAAAGUAUAAGUGAUUGUUGGGGUUUAUUUGGGGAUUUUAAUCUAUGUAAAAAUUGUGAAAUAGUUGCCUAUGAGUUGGAGAUGAGGUUUUUUUUAUUUGUAAAAUGGCAAAGCUUGUUGGCCGUCACUUCUGAAUGUUUGGGUUCUCUGCACUGCAGAUCCUUGGUUGAUUAUGGAAAUAAAGUGAUGGAAAAUA